ACACGUGAGCGGCCUCUUUGCUUAGCCUUGAAUCAAAAUGACUCAGAAAAGGCGUAAUUGUGGGCGUUCCAAGCACGGACGUGGUCACGUCAAAUUUGUGCGCUGCACUAACUGUGCUCGUUGUGUUCCUAAAGACAAGGCCAUAAAAAAGUUUGUUAUCAGGAACAUUGUAGAAGCAGCAGCUGUYAGGGAUAUUGCUGACGCUAGUGUUUACGAAGUUUAUGCUCUCCCAAAACUGUAUGUUAAGCUUCACUACUGUGUGAGCUGUGCUAUCCACUCAAAGGUGGUAAGGAACAGGUCAAGAGAGGACAGGAAGAUCAGAACGCCACCACCAAGGUUCCAACGAAAGCCUGAAGGUCAGAGGCCACAAGCUGGUGCUGCUCGAUAAAUGAUUAACUAAAAUAAAGUUACGCCACCAAAAAGA